AUGCCGCCUAAGUUUGAUCCUAACGAAAUUAAAAUCGUUUUCUUGAGAUGUGUUGGUGGAGAAGUAGGUGCUACAUCAUCUUUGGCUCCUAAAAUUGGUCCACUUGGUCUGUCCCCUAAAAAGGUUGGUGAUGACAUCGCUAAGGCCACCAGUGACUGGAAGGGUCUGAAGAUCACAGUGCAGUUGAUUGUACAAAACAGACAGGCUCAGAUAUCUGUAGUGCCGUCCGCUGCUGCCCUCAUCAUUAGAGCCUUGAAGGAACCUCCGCGUGACCGCAAGAAGCAAAAGAACAUCAAACACAGUGGCAACAUCACUUUGGAGGAUGUCAUUAGCAUUGCUAAGACCAUGAGACCAAGAUCUAUGGCGAGGUACCUGUCUGGAACAGUCAAAGAAAUCCUCGGAACUGCCCAAUCAGUUGGUUGUACCGUAGAAGGAAGACCCCCUCACGACUUGAUUGUUGAUAUCAAUGAGGGUACACUUACCAUUGAUGAAUAA